AUGCAGCUUUCUGAGAGCCGUGGGGGCCCAGACAGCAGCACACAGGCGUCCUAUCCGGCAAGACACAGGCAUGGACAGCAGACGUCGGCAUUGCUAGACUGCUGCACCCAGUGCAUGGCUGGGGAGAUUGAGGCUCGGAGGCCACGAGCACCAGGUUGCCAGCUGGUGGGAGACCUGUUCCAGCCCCCUGACUCCAUGCUCUGCACAGCUCUGGCCCUGGGCCCUGUAUCCAGAGUCCAGCUCUGUGUCCUCAUCCCAAAGCUGAAACCAGGGCUGCCCCUGGGGCCGGGGUCAGGACAGGGAGCGGGGAGGCGGCACUGGCUCCCCUUUCUGCUGUGCCCCCCCAUCUAUAUCCCAGGACUCCCUGUGCCCUCCCACACUGGCUUCGAGCAGAUGGCGGUGCAGUUUGAAGCCUUCUGUGCGGGGGGCCUGGCCCCCGGCUGGAGCCUGCUGGUCCAGGGAAAGGCUGAUGGUGGAGAGGACAGGUUCGAGAUUAACUUCUUGUCGGAGACGGGGGAUAUUGCCUUCCAUGUCAAGCCCCGGUUCUCCAGCGCCACUGUGGUGGGCAACGCCUUCCAGGGCGGCCGCUGGGGCCCGGAGGAGGUGUCUAGCAUCUUCCCACUGACCCUGGGGGAGCCCUUUGAGAUGGAGGUCAGCUCGGACGCGGAGCACUUCCAUGUCUACGCGCAGGAGCACAAGGUGCUGCAGUUCCCGCACCGUCAGAGGCCGCUGGGUGCCAUCACCAGGGUGCGGGUGCUGAGUGACCACCACCUGGCCCAGGUGGAGCUGGCCAAGAGGGGCCUGAGCUGGGGGUAA